UUAAAUUUGGGACACAGCCUGUGGUUUAAAGACUCCAUAGUAAACGUUGGAGGGCUGAAAUUUGUCACUCUGCUACACACUGCUGUGUGUGAAAACUGUUUUAAUGAGUCGUUUUACUUCUUUGUUGAGAAGAACGUUUGGUGUUAUUAAAGAACAUGUCGGAACAGAUCAUUUAGGAAAUAAAUACUUCUACAUACCCGAACAGAAGACAUGGACAGGACGGGUUGUUCGAGCUAGGCGGUUUGUGGAAGCCUCCAAUCCAUCAGAGUUUGAGUACCUUGAAGGAAGCAUUCCGUCUGAAUGGGAUGCUUGGAUAAGAGGAAGACGAAAGAAUCCACCCACUAUAGAGGAGCUGUUACAGAAUGAGCAAUACAGACAGCAGAUCAAAAUCAAGGCUCAGGAGGCAGAAGAGAAUGACAUGAAACUGCAAGCCAAAGAAUAUGAGGAAGGACUAAUUGCAGGACCUGUGCAGACCCAGAUCAAGGGUCAUGCCGCAGCCACGCCAUAUGGGCGAUCUGAAACCAGUGAGGAUCCUGUAAGCACUGCUAACACAUUCCAGCCGGGAUCUUGGGCACCUCACAAAAAAUAGGACUGUAUUAGAGUUACUUAAAUAACAAUAAUGAAAUACUGAUUGUAAUGUUCUCUGCUGAAAGCUUGCACUUCAUUAAAUUAAUGCAUAUUUUUAAA